CAUCUCCCUUCUCCUCUCCGCUCCCUUCCCCCCGAAGCUGCCUGCGGCCAGCGCCGGCAGCCCCUCAUCCUCCAGCCGCCGCCGCUCCCUCCCUAUAAGUACUCCGUCUCGCCGUACCCCUCCUCAGAUCUCCACGCAACCCGCCGCUACCGCUACUCGUCCUCCCCAUCGCACGCGCUUAAUCACCUUCUUCUACCACCUUCUUGCCUCCACCACCAAGAGACCCAGAGCCCGAGCAGAGCCAGCCAGCCAGGAGCCAAGAACCUGCCUCUCCGCGCCCAUGUCUGUGCAAGCGGCCUCGCCGGCGUCGGCGGGGGAGAAGACCAUGGCCACGACGGCGUGGCCGUACCUGGAGUACAUGGCGCAGUGGGAGCGGCAGGUGGAGCGACGGCAGCUGUUCCUACGAAGCUACCACUUCUCCCGCGACGCCGAGGUCUCGCCGCGCGCGCGCACGCGCCGCGUCGUCUGGGCCGGGGCGCGGCGCCUGCGCCGCGCCGCCGCCAAGGGGCUCCGUCGCCUCCGGGCGCGCAUCCGCCUCUGCUUCGGCUGGGCCGCGCCCGCGCUCCGCCGCCGCUCCUCCCCGCGCCGUGCCGGCGUCCACGGGUUCCGGUACGGCCGCAUCCCCCGCGGAAAGGCGCCGGCGGCCGCCGCCAACUCCGCGUCCGUCUGCUUCUGGUAGCCAUAGAAGGCCAACGCGUCAGCGCACUUGCUGGCUUCCAAGUUAAGCUCUUGAUUGCUUAGGUGAAACAAUUAGCCGGUGAAUGGUAGCGAGCGGCGGCUUCUGCUCCGGCUCCAUGGAGUGUUCGUCGUCGCCUGCUGUGCUCGCUGUUUGACUAGACUAGCGAGAGAUGGAGGAUGAUUAAGUAAACAGGGCAGCUGUUGCUCAAGUGGGAUUGGUUGUGUGUGGAUGUUUUUUCCUUCUUUUUGGUGUCUAAUUACUCUGAAUGAGUUAACUGUGUAUCUAUCUGAAGCCUUCUCUGUU